AUGUGCAAAUCAACUCUCCACGGCUUCAUCGCCGCCCUCCCCAAGGUUGAGCAGCACCUCCACAUCGAGGGUACGCUCGAGCCGGAGCUCCUUUUUAGCCUCGCCGAGAAGAAUGGCAUCGCCCUGCCCGACGACCCCGUCUACGCCUCCCCUCAGACGCUCCGCGAGCGCUACCAGAACUUCACAUGCCUCGAUGACUUCCUACACUACUACUAUCUCGGGAUGAGCGUGCUCAUUACCGAGGCCGACUACGAGACGCUCGCAUGGGCCUACUUUGAAAAGGCCGCAAGGGACAAGGUCCUCCACGCCGAGGUCUUCUUCGACCCGCAGGCGCACACAGCACGCGGUAUCAGCUACGACACCGUCGUCGCGGGGCUCGGUGCGGGCAAGAAGCGCGCGGAGGCGGAGCUCGGCAUCACCGUUGAGUUCAUCGUCUGCAUCCUGCGCCACCUGCCGGUCCCCGAGUCUGACGCUCUCGUCGACACGGUGCUGGACCGCGGUCAUCUCACCGACGGCACGCUGGUGGGCUUCGGCAUGGUCUCGAGCGAGAAGCCAUUCCCGCCAGAGCUGUUCAAGGACAUCUACGCCCGUGUCGCCCGCACGGGGACACAUCUGACGACGCACGCCGGCGAGGAGGCACCGGCGUCCUUUAUCACGUCGUCGCUGGAGAACCUGGGCGUCUCGCGCAUCGACCACGGCCUCGCCGCCGCCCAAGACCCGGCGCUGAUGGCCUCGCUGGCCGCCAACCGCACGCUCCUGACCCUGUGCCCGUGGUCCAACGUUGCGCUGCGCAACAUCGACCGCCUCGAGGACGCCCCCAUCCGAGCCUUCCUCGACGCCGGCGUGCGCUUCAGCAUCAACAGCGACGACCCGGCCUACUUCGGAGCCUACGUCGGGGAGGUGUACUGCCGCGUGCAGGAGACGUUUGGUCUGUCCGUCGCCGACUGGGACUGGAUCGUUCGGGGAGCUGUCGAGGAGAGCUGGUGCUCUGCGGAGCGCAAGGCAGAGAUCAUCACGGAGCUGGACAAAGUGGUCGCAGAGUUUCAGGGGCAAACCGCCAUUGAGGCAUGA